AUGAGUGGCGCGUCUUUGCCCAGUGAACGCUUCUCCUUGGUUGCAUCCUUCUACGGCCCAGGAAACAUCGCCUCGUGGCUCUGCAUGGUGGUCUCCGUCCUGACCACUUGGUGCUUGAACACGGAGUAUCGUCGUAAAGAUAGCAUCAGCGCUGAUCUCGUUGUCGUUCUAGCAGUGCCAGGUGUUGCAGCAGGGCAUGCUAUCUACAUGCUUUUCUUUGGUAGUUCAAACCAUCAAUCGAUCCUGCAUCUGUUUACCAGCACAGAUUCAGAAGUAGUGAGGCAUGCGGCGGCUGCAGAGGCGGCGCUCGACGUAUGCGAAACAUUUUCUGCGAUAGCCGUCCUUCUGGUGUUCGUCUCCAUGUUCUUCGGUCAUCUGAAGCGUACACUGGCCGUUGUUGCUGUUGGCCUACUGGCCUUCUCGACUGGAGGCAGUUGUGUUCACACAGAAUGA